GCCAUUUGGAAGGCGAAGCGCUCAGCUCUCCAGGAGGAUUUUGGUGAGAUGAGAUUAUCCAUGGACUCGUUUGCUUUGAGAUCUGCAUCGGAGUUACCUGCUCCGUUUCGUUCCAUGUUUAGUUUCAGGUACUUUAAUUCGUUACAGAGCGAAUGCUUUUCCGGGUGCUUUCUUUUCAAUAUAAGUAUGGUCGUAUCUGCACCAACUGGAAGUGGGAAAACGGUGCUCUUUGAGCUUUGCAUUCUUAGGCUCUUCUCAAGAUUUCUCUCUCAAGAGGGAAAGUUCAAUCAUGAGAAAGGAGUUCUUAAGACAAUCUACAUGGCUCCAUCAAAGGCCUUGGUGCAGGAAAAGCUUCGCAACUGGAACUUGAAGCUUUCUACAUUGGGAAUUACGUGUUUGGAGUUGACUGGUGACAAUGAAUCUUAUAAUACAAAGAACAUUCAUGAAGCUGAUAUCAUUUUAACAACUCCCGAGAAAUUUGAUGCCGUUACUCGCCAUGGAGUUAGAGAUGGCGGGUUAAGCUUCUUCAGUGAUAUUUCACUUGUAUUAAUUGAUGAAGUUCACCUGCUUAAUGAUCCACGUGGGGCUGCUUUAGAAGCAGUGGUUAGCAGAAUAAAGAUGCUUUCUCGGAGCAAGGAGAUGGCAUCUAGUCCUCUGGCUAAUGUCCGUUUUGUGGCAGUUUCAGCCACAAUUCCGAACAUAGAGGAUCUUGCGGAAUGGCUCCAGGUUCCAUCAGAAGGUAUUAAAAGAUUUGGAGAAGAGAUGAGGCCAGUGAAGCUUGUAACAAAAGUUUUUGGCUAUGCUCCGGCUAAGAAUGAUUUCCUAUUUGAAAAGCGUCUUCAAAACUUUGUUUUUGAUAUCCUCAUGCAACAUUCAAGAGGAAAAUCUGCACUUAUAUUCUGCUCGACACGUAAAGGAGCACAAGAAGCAGCACAACAACUCUCUCAGGUUGUAUCAAGCCUUGGACAUUCAAAUCCUUUCAUAAGAUCGAAAGAGCAACAGGAAAAACUAAAGGAGGCCUCUGUAUCUUGUGGUGACAAACAAAUGCAGUUUUGUAUUCUCAAUGGUGUUGGUUUCCACAAUGGAGGGCUUUGCCUCAAAGAUCGGAAUCUCAUUGAGGGUCUUUUUCUGAAGGGGGAUCUUCAAGUUCUUUGCACGACAAAUACUCUUGCACAUGGAGUUAACUUACCUGCGCACACAGUAGUGAUUAAAUCAACUCAAUAUUUCAAUAAGGAAAAGGGCCUCUACCUGGAAUAUGAUCGAUCUAUGGUAUUGCAGGAUUUGCAGAUGUGUGGAAGGGCUGGCCGUCCACCAUUUGAUGAUACUGGAGUUGUUAUAAUAAUGACCAGGCGAGCAACAGUCCAUUUGUAUGAAAAUCUCUUAAACGGUUGUGAAAUGGUUGAAUCUCAGUUACUGCCAUGUGUAAUGGAACAUCUUACGGCUGAGAUUGUUCAGCUGACAGUUGCGGACAUAAGUUUGGCCAUUGAGUGGCUAAAAUGUUCCUACUUAUAUGUUCGGAUUAAGAAGAAUCCUGAGAACUAUGGAAUAAAGAGAGAAAUUCCUCGUCAAGACCUAGAGAAGUACAUGAAAGAAAUAUGUGUUCAGAAUAUUAAUGAACUAGCAGAAUACGGGAUGAUUUGGACAGAUGAAGAUGGUUUCCUUGUUAAGCCAUUAGAACCUGGAAGGUUAAUGACAAAAUUUUAUCUGAAAUUUGCUACAAUGAAAAGUAUCAUGGAAGCUCCUGGAAGUUGCAGUUUAGAAGAUGCCCUGCGUAUUAUUUGUGCUUCCGAAGAAAUUUCUUGGAUUCAGUUGCGGCGCAAUGAGAAGAAGAUUUUGAAUGAUAUUAACUUUGAUAAAGAAGAUCGAAUGCGCUUUCAUGUCUAUGGAGAGAAAGGGAAAAAAAAGAAACGCAUCCAGACAAGAGAGGAAAAGAUAUUUGUGCUGACUAAUGACUGCUUGACUGGUGAUCCUUCAGUCCGUGAUUUAUCCCUCAGCCAGGACAUGAACUCAAUUUGCACCAAUGGCUGCAGGAUUGCCAAAUGCAUGAAAGAAUGUUUUAUCUUUAGGAGGAGUUACAAGGGAGCAUUGAAUUCUUCACUUCUUUCCAAAUGUUUGCACCAGAGGCUUUGGGAAGAUAGUCCCUACUUGCUGAAACAACUUCCUGGCAUUGGGAUGGUCACGGCAAAGGCGCUUCAUUCUGCAGGAAUUAAUUCAUUUGACACAAUGUUUGAAGCUGAUCCAAGAAGAAUUGAACUAAUAACAGGCCGCAAGUAUCCAUUUGGUAACCAUAUAAAAGAAUCCCUGUUAUCACUUCCUCCUAAAAUUGAGCUGCAUAUUGAGGAGACUGAGUACAAAAGACAAUGUAAAUCAAGGUUGCUAAUCAAGCUGACCCGUUUAUCUAGACCCAUUACAUCAAGCAAGCAUCAUUAUGCUGAUCUGUUUGUAGGCUCAGAAGAGGACAAUGCUAUCCUAUUUCAUGAGAAAAUAAGAGCUGAAGAGUUUUCCAGUCCUUAUGUUGCCAACGUCCUUGUCCCAUGCCCCCAAUAUGGACGAGUCACGGUGAAAGCUGAUCUUAUUUUUGAAAAUUAUGUUGGUCUGGAUGUGCAUGCAAAGCUUGUCAUUUCCCUGGAAGUAAGCUCAAAUAUCACCCAAGCUCGCAGAAAUGAAAAUCGGCCAUCUAAUUACACCAUUCCUAAGGAAACCAACAUAAAAAAUGAUAACAACGUAAGAAACCUAUUAGAUAAAAGUGAAGAAAAUAAGGAUUUAGAAGACUCUGAGCGGGCGCCAACUUCAUUGCCCAGCUUUGAUCUCUUACAGGAUGAAAUGAAUGAAGUUUUAGCCAUUCUUGAACCUGGAGAAAUGGACGGCAAACCCAAGAAGGAUGAAACAAUAUUCGAUCACAUCCGUAGAAAGUCCAAAUCCUUCCCUGAUCUCAUCACGCUGAAGACCAUGGAUCUCUCACACAAACCCUCAAUUCUAACAGGAGUAAACAACUCUGUGGACCAAUCUGAGCUUGAUUCCAGCAAAACUCAAGAAGAUUGUGUGAUUCUGAUUGAUUCAGAGCCACUUGAAACCAUCAACACAUCCAUGGACCAAUGUGAUUUUCAUACUGCUAAAGCUCAAGCAGAUGUUGUGAUUCUAAUUGACAAUGAUCCUGUUAAUAACUUAACCGAGUCUAAUGAUGCUGCAAAAUAUACCCAAAACUCUGAUGUCCAUAUAUUGGACAGAAACGAAAGAUUCAUCAACAGUUCCAGCAUUAUUAUUGAUCAACCGGACAAAAAACAAUCUUUCAAUCUGAUUGAGAAUUCCACUGAUUCUGAAAUCUCCUCUGACGUCUCAUACCAUCCAAACAAUCAGCUGAAUGAAAGAAAACGUUUCCAUAACUGGAUCAAUGAUGUCAUAGUAAAGGACUGCAAAAAGCACAAGUCUGGGCCCUCAAGCGACUCUUGUAGUACUAGAAGCUGUGAUGUCCCUUCUUCCAGAAUUAAACCGGAAGGAAGUGAGCUUUGUGACGUCUUUGUGCCAAGCUCUUCUUUGGGAACGCCUAGUGGUUCCAUGGGAGUUUCCUUCCUGGGUUUUAAGAGUGUAUUCUCCUUUCUUUGAUCAAAAGGGUUAAAAAUAAAGACGCACAUAUCCUUCUUGGCUCGAUUAAUAAAUCAGCAAGCAUUUCAGUUCGUCUAUGAAGAGCUCCAAGAAUAUAAACAGUUACACAUGCCGUAUAUGAGUUGGGAUAUCAGGUAGUAGAUUAGACAAGCAGUUGCUUGCAAAUGGUUAUACAACGCAUUAUCAUUCAGCUGUUGAUUAUUGCAAUUUCUGCAUGAUCAAUUCCUAUUGAAGUUUUUACAGGAAGUUGUGGAACAAUUUUUUUUGGGAAAUUUACAUAAAUACCGGAUAAAUCCUUUCUAUUUAAAUA